AUGGCCCCCAGAAUCCUCUUCGUUCUCACUAGCCGAGCUAAGAUGAACAAUGGUGCACCCACUGGAUGGUAUUUGCCUGAGUUUGCCCGGCCUUAUUACCACUUGAUUGGUGCAGAUGAGGCAAAGCCCAGAGCUGAAAUCGUCGUUGCUUCCCCUGCUGGUGGCCUUGCUCCGAUAGACGAAGUGUCAGUGAAAAACUUCAAGGACCCUGCGUCGGUUAAGUUUUAUGAAACCAAGAAGAAUCUUUGGGAGCAAACAUCAGCCCUCAAAGAUUUCCAUGGAAAGGCAUCCGAGUUUGAUGCCAUUUUCUAUCCUGGUGGCCACGGGCCCAUGUUCGAUCUCGUUGACGACAAGGAUUCCAUCAAGCUGAUUGAGGAAUUCUACAAUGCUGGUAAAAUUGUGGCAGCUGUCUGCCAUGGCCCUAUCGCUCUCGUGAAUGCCAUUGUGGACGGGAAACCGCUCCUCAAUGGGCGCAGGGCCACUGGCUUCAGCAACGCAGAAGAAGACGCCAUUAAGCUGUCCGAUGCCAUGCCAGCUCUGCUGGAGGAUGAAAUCAAGCGAGUAGGCGGCAGCUAUGUCAAAUCAGAUGCACUCUGGAAGGAACAAGUCGUCGUUGAUGGGCGAGUCAUCACUGGCCAGAACCCAAACUCUGCCCAAGGUGUUGGCAUCGCAAUUGCUCAGGCACUUGGUCUUGAAUCUGCAUAA